AAUAAAUUAAUUUACUGACUGCUGUAUGCCCCACACUAUAACCGUCUCUAUCCCUGCAAGCUAGACAAGGCCGGGUUGCACAGCCUACCAGUCAAGUGAGGUUAAAAUCAAAGUCAACCAAACACCCGGAGGAAGUGUAAAUGUAAAUAUUAGGCAAAACAAUGAGUUUACUGCUAGACCCCUUGGUGAAGAAGACCUACGAUGACUGCAAAUACACCGUCAAGGUCUGGGAGCAUAAAUUUACGAAAAAACACAAAAGAAUCCCAUGCAAACUGGACAUCAGGGAAGCGCCCACCCCAGUAAGAGAUGCAUAUCGCAGAUACUUCAAGCUGAAAUCGGCUGCUUUGGAGGAGUCCUUCAUGGACGUGGAGGGCUUGGAGGACGAAGACGAGCCAAAUGAGGCCCCCAAAGAAACCUCAGAAUCAGAGCCCAUCUCACAGCUGCAGCUAUCCAAUGAGAAUUUCACCGAAGUGGUAUCAGAGGAUUCGAAAGGUGGCCACGAUGACAUUUGGGGCAGCCACUUAAACAAGAAAAAGUCGCCCUUAAAGACCCAAGGUGAUGCUGCGGAAAAGGGCCCCUCAAAGCCAGUGCUCAACAUAAGCAAAAAGCUGUUCUGUGGCUCGAAGUUCACCAAAACCAAACGAAACCCUCGCAAGUCGUUAUCGCAAAAAAAAACAACAGAAUCUAGUUCGGAGGGCAGUUCACUGGGCACCUUCAAAUCUGAGGACGCCUUUCAAAGCCUUUUGCGGGAAGAGUUCCCAACGUCAUCUUCCAACUUCCAAGUAGCAGAGCCGGUUACUCAAAUAUUCUCCCAACCGCUGCCUGUGAGUAUUGUGGACAGUGUGUUGGAGCAAAGAGAGAGGCCCACUUUGAGGAAAGUGAAUACCGGAUGGCUGCAGCGAGUCACUCAACAAGCAGGAGUUUCACUGAAAAACCCCGAAUUGCCGCAGAGCUUUUCCAGACUGGUAAACUCCCCCAAGCCAGCGCUAAACACACAACUUGACUACGAUAGUGAUGAAAUAAUCGGAGAGUCAGAUGUGGAGGACGUGGAGAGCUACGGGCGGGUGAACCAUGUGGCCAAGAAAGCCCGACUUAGUUUCUACCAAAAGUUCAGCAACAGCCCACAAAACACCACAAAAAAGGAAAUUCCCUUGCAGAAAGCCCUUGCCAUCACUGACCUUAAGGUCCACGUAAAAGAAAACAUUACAAAUAAUGUACCUAGCGAGCAAACUAGCAUCACAAAAGAAUCUGUUAGCGGCACUGAUCAGAAGGAGGUAAAUCUGGCGCCGAUCAAGGCCGCUAGGAAAAAGGUCCGAGAAUUGUCUGGCAAAAAACCUUUGAAAAAAACAGUCCCCAUUCGGGGAACACCAAGUGUGCGAAGGUCUGCAAGAGAGACCCGAGUGAAAGCCAGCUUCCAAGAACUGUCCAGCGGCGAAGAAGAUCCGUUCGCCUCGGACAAUAACAGCGAUGACCCAGAAUUCGUCAUUGAAAGCGACAGUAUGAAGAACAAGUUCCGUGCGAUAACUUUGGAGGAUGUUGAGCAGCAAGCCGAAAAAGCCAAAUCGAAGAUCAGAAAAACUCGACCGGUCAAGCCGAAACGGGAGCGAAAAUCCAAAGACUCCCUGCCUGAGCAGUCGGAUGUUGAAGAAAACACCCAAUACGAACUGGAGUACAAUGUGAAGCCGCGAAUUGUUGCCUCUAGGUUUGGAAGCAUCAAAAACGUGCUGGAAAGCAGGCUAAGUAAGGAAACGAGCAAGCGUCCUGAGCAGGAGGAGAAGCCGGACAAAAACGCGGCCAAGGAGAAGUUGGAGAAGAGAAUCGCAGCGGGUAGUUUGAAUGAGAACUUCGUCAGAAUCAACAUCCAGAAAAAAGUGUUCGUCCGAGGGAAAAAGGGCCAAAACUUUGCCAAAUACAAGAAGGCGAUGUGGAGGAGCAAGAAAAAGGCCCUGUAUGGGCCCGACAUGGAUAUGGGGGGCUGCGAUGGGGGCAAACUGAUGUGCUUCAACUGCGGUCAAGAGGGCCAUUUUGCUCAACGCUGUAAAGCUGAUAAAGAUGGGGGUUUAUUGCCUUUGACUGGCGACGACGAAGAAUGCACCAUUCCUUCUCUGGAGGAGGCCUCCAGAAUGGCGGCUGAAAGCAACUUGAAUAUCCGAAAAUCCAAACUGCAAUCAAUCAACAAAAACGCCGAAAAAACCGUCGCCUCGAAUAGCGACAAUUCUUCGGAAGACGAGGAAUGGUUGGACGAUGGGUUAGACCAAGACGUGCUUCUGGAAGAAAUUGCGCGGCUGGAGGAGCACGUGAAGAAGCUGGAUGUUCAACAGUACAUGGAUAAUGUUAAGGUGGUUGAGCCCUACUACACCUUGCAAGAAGAUGGACGCGUUAUCGCUUCGCCCCCAGAAGUUUUCCGAGCUCUGGAAAUGUUCGGGCAUACAUCCUUCCGAGCAGGGCAAGAAACCGCCAUCAUGCGCAUUCUUUCGGGCAAAUCCACUCUGGUCACCCUCAGCACCGGGUCCGGAAAGAGUCUCUGCUACCAAUUGCCCGCCUAUCUGUACUCCCAACGAGAGCCUUGCAUCUCCUUGGUCAUUUCCCCUUUGGUUUCACUCAUGGAAGACCAAGUGACUGGCAUCCCAAAAUUCCUGAAAGCCGCCUGUUUACACACCAACCAGACCAAGACCCAAAGGCAGAAGAUCAUGGAGGCGAUUUGCGCGGGGGAUCUAAAUGUGCUGCUGAUCUCUCCAGAGGCGAUUGUGGCGGGAGAGAAACGAACAGGUUUUGGCUCGCUGUUCCGCAAGUUGCCCCCAAUAGCGUUCGCCUGCAUAGACGAGGCCCACUGCGUCUCUCAAUGGUCGCACAAUUUCCGGCCUAGCUACCUCAUGAUAUGCCACGUGCUGAAAGAGAGCUUAGGAGUGCGCACUAUUCUCGGGCUGACUGCCACCGCCACCCGAGCCACCUGCGAAAGCAUCGUGAAGUCCCUGGAAAUACCUGAUGGGCUUCAAGGAAUAAUCAGCGACGUCCCGUUGCCGGAUAACCUGCACCUGACUGUGUCCAAAGACCCUGGACGAGAGCGGGCGUUGCUGAGUCUCCUGCUCUCCGAACGGUUUAAGAAGUGCCAGAGCAUUAUCGUGUACUGCACGCGGAGGGAGGAGUGCGAGCGAAUCGCCGGCUUUUUGCGGACGAGCCUCAAAGGCGAAACAGUGGUGGAAAGCAGCAAGAAGCGCAAAAGACUCAACCUGCAAGCCGAGCCCUACCACGCCGGGCUCUCCGCCUCGAGGCGGAGAACCGUCCAGAACGCCUUCAUGAGCGGGGAGUUGAAGGUGGUUGUGGCCACUGUGGCCUUUGGAAUGGGCAUCAACAAGGCCGAUAUUCGAGCAGUGGUGCAUUUCAACAUGCCCCACAGCUUCGAGAACUACGUGCAAGAAGUGGGAAGAGCCGGCAGAGAUGGACUGCCAGCCCACUGCCACGUUUUCCUUGACUCACUAGGACGCGACGAGUGUGAGCUGCGCCGCCACAUUCACGCCAACUCCAUCGACCGACAUGUGAUCCGAAAACUCCUGCAAAGAAUCUUCCUGCCGUGCGCUUGUAAGGGCACCUGCCCCAAGCACGAGGUGGCCUUUAGCGUGGAGGCUACCGUCAGGGCGUUGGACAUACCGGAGGAAAACAUCUCCACUCUCCUCUGCUACUUGGAGCUGCACGAGAACAAGUACAUCGAGCUGCUAAAUCCGGCCUACACCACUUGCAAGGUGAUCUCCUACGGGGGGCCUUUGCAGAUCCGCAAGGCUGCCAAAGAGUGCCCGCCUCUUGCCAUGGCCUUGGCGCUGCAUCCUCCCAAAGAGCUGGAGGAUCACAUUGUGGAGUUUCCUGUGGUGGACGUGGCAAGCGCCAUGGGCUGGGAGAGUGGCAUUUGCAAGCACCAGCUGAAAAACCUUGAGUGGACUUCAGUGAACAAUCAGCCAAAACGCUCCAGUUUGACGGUGCAGUUCAGCAACUUGGGGUUCCGGAUGCUGGCGCCAGGAAAUCUUUCAGACGAGCAGCUGGACGAGGCGCUAGACAAUCUGCAUGGAUUGGUUUUGAGGCAGGAAAGCAAAGCGUUGAGGCAACUGCACGCCGUCCACAAACUACUGGCCGAAGUGGCUGAGAGAAGCUACAAGACAUGCAUCACCGUUAGUGAGGAAAAGUCGCCUCUGAAGGAGAAAAUUCGGGAGUAUUUCAACUCUGCAGAUCCACUAGAACACAUUGAAAUCAAGCCUCUGGAGACCAAUGAAGAACAGCUGGUGAACGAUGUGCGAACAAUGAUCAACAUGUACCGCGACAAUCAGUUUACCGGCAGAGCCCUGGCGAGGAUUUUUCACGGGAUUCAGAGCCCCAACUAUCCGGCGGUUGUUUGGGGCCGUUGCAAGUUCUGGAGGAGCCAUAUUAACGAGGACUUUCACGAGAUUUGCCGCAUUGCCACCAGGGAAAUUAUUCGCUGUCGUUAAAUUGAGAUUAGCAGAUUUUACAUAUAUUGUUUUAAAUAAAAACCACUAAUUUUUA